UUUGUAGUUAACCUGAACACACAGAAUCUCGAAAAUUUGUGGAAGAAAAAGUAUGUCUGUUGUUUACAAACAGAAAGCAUGGCAUUGAGUGACAGAAAAUCUUUUUGCAUAGAAUCCCUGUUGUCUCGUGAGGAAGGUGGGGGAUCGCUCCCCAACUUCAAUCCCCACCCGACGUUGCCCCACGACGUCGGCUUGCAGCCCCGACACCUCAUGCUCCAUUCCCCUGACAUCUCCCCACCUCCACACACUCCCCAGUCCCCAUCUAUGUUCUCGCAGUCUCCAAAUUCCCCAAACAUGCACAUGCAGCCCCAGACUCCUCGCCAUUCUUCCCCAACCUCGUCCCUCACUUCUACCCUCACAUCGUCAGCGGCAGCCGCGGUUCUGUUCAACAGAUCUGCGCUACUCGCCAACAACCCCUCGAACCUCCCCUUCAUUCCGCCCCAUCUUCUUGCUCCCCAUCAUCCCCACCACCACAAUCCCCACUUGACCUCUUCCCCUCACCACCAAUCCCUUCUGUUCCCCGGGCUGCUGGAGCACCAAGCCCUCGCAGCCCUCAAGUCCAGCGCUGCCCUCGCACCCUCGGCGGUGGACUGGUUCGCGAGGGCAGGGCUUAUGUACCCUCGCCUCCCGCACGACCUCGCAGUGGGCCAACACCCGCUCCUGGGCAAGACCCGGCGCCCCCGGACGGCGUUCACGUCCCAGCAGUUGCUGGAGCUUGAGAAGCAUUUCAGGGAGAACAAGUAUUUGUCCCGACCCAAGCGCUUCGAGGUCGCCACGAGCCUCAUGCUUACCGAGACCCAGGUCAAGAUUUGGUUCCAGAACCGGCGCAUGAAAUGGAAGCGCAGCAAGAAGCCUUCAGGCGCCGAGAAGAAGGAAACCUCCAAGAAGGAUUGCUGCUCUACCACCAACUCCUCCAAGACAAACAACAGAAGCUGUACGCCGUCACCGUCACCGUCGUUUGACGACGCAAACUCGUCGUCCCUCGUCGUGGCAGACGCGAGUCACGCAGAAUGUCUCUCCGACGAUUCCGACGAAGAGGAGAUCGACGUGCAGCACGAAGAUGACGCGGCUGGUGGAGGCGACGAUGGGGAGACGAAGUUAGAAAUAAACGAGGUUAGUUUACCGUCAACCCUGGCGUGUAUUAGCGUGAGUUCUGUGGAUGGGGGAGCUUUGACCCCCAGCUUGGUGUUCGGGGUGAGAAACCACCUAGGGGGAUCGCUCAACAUGAUGCAUAACAUCAACAUCAUUGGAUCGCUUGGUGGUGGUAACAACCCUGUCAGUUUACCACACCACAACCGAGAUGAGGACCAGCCAUUUCACACCCAUCCCACCACGGUUGACUUGCACAACACCAGCGUAUCUAUGGCGUCACAAAAUGGCUUGAUUCAAAGUCCCCUAAUGACACAGUCUUCUCAAUUGGUCCACUCAUCCAGUCCAGCGUUUCCUCCACAAACACAAAUCGUUCAAACUUGUCAUGCAUCCGCAACUCAAACAUCUCCUCCCAUCCUCGCCUCAAACAUCGCUCUAUCUCAGGCCCAACAUACCUUGCUGGCUAACAACAUAUCCCCCAUACAAUCCCCACAAGCGGGUUUGAUUCUCCCCUCUGGGGUUGUGAUACCUUGUGAUCCCAGAAACCAGACCGAGGAGGUCAUGCGUCCUUCCUCAGAUUCGCUUUGCUCGCCGGAUUCUUCAACAGUCAACCUCAAAAAAAGCCAUCGGAAAUCAUUCAAAAGUCCUGGUCUCAAAACAGGAGGCAAUGGGGCGGUCAACAGCCUUGUCAAUAAGGGGGCGAUGGACUCUCCAUGCUUAGGGGGCAAAACUAGCGGCAUGACGCAAGUUAUCUGCAACAACAACGUAAAUAGAAGUGACGUCACUACGUUGGUCACUAACGGACAGGACGCUGAGACGUUGUACAGACCGUACGUCGCCUAACCUUGCAGUACUUAAAGUCCUAUGAAUAAUUCAUACUUUAAUUUAUUUUCAACCGUAAAUUCGUUAUAUAUCACGCUACGCAAUUUUGGCCCAAACGCAAACCUCCAAGUGUAUACGCUUUGAAAAUAGCUUGGCAUGAGACUUUUUUAAGUUUCUGAUUUAAACGCAAAACUUUCAAUUGUUGUUCCACGUACCUAGUUAGGUUACAUUACAGUGCACG